AUGGACAUCAAAACGAAGGCCAUCACAAUAGACAACAAAGGCCACUUACAUAAUACCAAAGGGAUUGCUCCAAUAAGGGGCUAUAACCCUGAAUGGGGUUACUUGGUCAAAAGAUAUGGACAUAGCUUGGUCAAUACAGACUGGGGCAAAACACCAAAUGCAAUACCGGGCAGUUUCCCAAUAUCUAUACCCAAGCAGAGUGGCUGGCUCUGGGUGAAUGGAGUUGAAUGUGGGGAGUUUAGUAGCCCUCUCUGCUCCGAGUUAAAUUCCUGGGACACCUCCAUCCAUUUGUUGGGCUUUCCAGAACACAGGUGGAAAACCCGUGACUGCUGUAGUUCAGACCUUCACUUUGUCAGCCAGAAGAUGCAUCUGAAGGUCGAAAGGAUUGUAGACAAGAGAAAGAACAAGAAAGGAAAAUGGGAGUAUCUCAUCCGAUGGAAAGGCUACGGGAGCACAGAGGACACGUGGGAGCCAGAGCACCAUCUGCUGCACUGUGAGGAGUUUAUCGAUGAAUUCAAUGGGCUGCACCUGUCCAAGGACAAGAGGAUCAAGUCAGGGAAGCAGGCCAGCGCCUCUAAGCUCCUGCGUGACAGCCGAGGCCCAUCGGUGGAGAAACUCUCCAAUAGACCUUCAGAAUCUGGGAAGAGCAAGGGGACUUCUCAUAAACGGAAGCGAAUCAACCCUUCCCUGUCCAAGCCGAAGAAAGGGUAUCCAGCCAAGCCCACUGCGGCAGGUGACAGGGCCGCCAAGACGGUGUCUUACAGGACUACCCCCAGUGGUUUGCAAAUAAUGCCCCUGAAAAAGGCUCAGAAUGGAAUGGAGAACGGGGACACUGGAUCCGAGAAGGACGAGAGGCACUUUGGAAACGGGUCCCACCAGCCUGGCUUGGAUUUGAAUGACAUUGGAGAGCAAGACCUGGGCGAGUGUGACAUCAACCAUGCGGCACUGGCAGAGAACGGGCUCGGCUCUGCUCUGACCAACGGGGGAUUAAACAUGCACAGCUCGGUGAAGAGGAAGCUGGACACGGAGAAGGACUACGUCUUUGACAAGAGGCUCAGGUACAGCGUCCGCCAGAAUGAAAGCAACUGUCGGUUUCGGGACAUUGUCGUGCGGAAGGAAGAGGGGUUCACACACAUCCUGCUGUCCAGUCAGACCUCAGACAACAACGCGCUGACCCCUGAGAUCAUGAAGGAGGUCCGGCGAGCUCUCUGCAACGCGGCCACAGAUGACAGCAAGCUGCUACUCCUCAGUGCUGUGGGCAGCGUGUUCUGCAGCGGCCUGGAUUACUCCUACCUAAUUGGCCGGUUGUCCAGCGACCGGAGAAAGGAGAGCACCCGCAUUGCAGAAUCCAUCAGGGACUUUGUGAAGGCCUUUAUCCAGUUUAAGAAGCCCAUCGUGGUGGCAAUCAACGGGCCCGCCCUGGGCCUGGGUGCCUCCAUCCUGCCCCUCUGCGACAUCGUGUGGGCCAGCGAGAAGGCCUGGUUUCAGACCCCCUAUGCCACCAUCCGCCUCACGCCCGCCGGCUGCUCCUCGUACACCUUCCCCCAGAUCCUGGGUGUCGCGCUGGCCAAUGAGAUGCUCUUCUGUGGGCGGAAGCUCACUGCCCAGGAGGCUUGCAGCAGAGGACUGGUGUCCCAGGUCUUCUGGCCAACCACGUUCAGCCAGGAGGUCAUGCUUCGGGUCAAGGAGAUGGCGUCCUGCAGUGCACUGGUGCUGGAGGAGUCGAAAUGCCUUGUCCGCAGCUUCCUGAAAUCGGUGCUUGAAGAUGUGAAUGAGAAAGAAUGCCUCAUGCUGAAGCAGCUCUGGAGUUCCUCCAAAGGCCUGGAUUCCCUGUUCAGCUACCUGCAGGACAAAAUUUACGAAGUCUGAAGGGCCCCGGCUCACUUGCCGCAGUGAUCAAGGGCACUUGACUUUGAGCUUUGCCCUGUGUUUCAGAAAUCGGAGCCCAGUGUAAGCCCGGCCAAGAGUUUGUCAAGGUGUCUCUAUACCUAGGGUUGUGUUAAUUUCUUUGUUUGCGUUGGUUGUUCUUCAUUGGUUUGACUUUGUGUAACAGAUGGGAAAUGCAGUAUACUUGGCCUCCCCAGUGUCCCUACCCCACUGGCUAGAGAGCUAUGAGGGCUAUAUCUUCCCAGGCCUCUGCCAGGUACUGUUCUGCCCCCACUUGUUGAAAUGCACCAUCCAAGUCCAGGAAGGGGAAGACCAGUUUCCCCAUUUUUCUGACUCAGACUGUGUCUGCACAGUGCCUCUUCUGGAGACUGGGCCAGCAUGCUCGUUCUGGUUAAGUGCAGAUCCGGGGAAGGGAGACGGUCCAUCUUAGGGAAUUUCCAGACUGAAGAGCAAAACAAUUGUGUAGAGCCAUCCUCAGUCUCCUCUCUGAUGCAAAUCUGUAUAACUUUUAGGGCUUGGUCUUAAAACCCACCCGAGUGAUUUACAAAACCAGAUAUUGUAUAUUUAGGAAUGUUUUGUUAAAUAUAUAUUUUUAAAACAAUGUAAGUGGAAAUUCUGAUAAUUUAUGUGUAUUAUAUGUAAAGCUAGUUUUGCAAAAACAUAAACUCCUAGGAAAAUGUUUUUUUUCCUUUAA